UUUUUGCACUUGCUCGACUUGUCUGUGUGUGGCAACUGCUUUAAAAUCUAGUUUACUAUGGAAGACUUGGAAAUCCGCCUCGCUUCUGUAGCUGACUACGAUGCCGUAGUGGAGCUCUCCCGUGCAACUUACGAGGAUAAAGCAGACGAAGAUCACGACUAUAUUCCCAACAGAUUUCACGGUUGGCUUUCGGAACGCAAACGAGCUGUCUUCGUCGCAGAAAUGGAUGAAAAAAUCGUUGGACUACGGAGUUAUGUGGUUGUCAAUGGUGACCAAAGCUCUGCAUGCGAUGUAGAAAAAAUUCACCCUAAAUUCCGAAAACAAGGGCUUCAAAUUAAAAUGAUCGAGGCGAACCGAGAGUAUAUCCGUAAAAACUACCCGAAUGUGACCCGAGAGCUCUUCUACGCGCCGAAGAAGUUCUACACCCAGCGACAAGAGCUGUUCGCUGAUCAAGUUCUUUUCAAGCAAGACAUAAUUGCCUAUCAUAUCGACCUGGAAAAUCUCGAUGUGGAGAGGCUCAACGAAGUUGCUACCCGCCUUGCACUAGAGGUCAGACCUUGUACAAGGGAAGAAUUUGUAGAAGAGAUCUUAUCGAUUGCGUUUAAGAUUUUUCCGAGCGAGGUCUUCACCCUCGACGGAAUGGCGUUAGAGGCUUCGCGAGCCAACACAGGUGCAAUGGUCAGAGACGGAGAUAGAUUUUUGGUCGAUCGCAAUGAGGAUGAUUCUGAGCCUUUCAAGUCCUACAGUCAUGGGAGGAUUUCACCGAGAAAUAAGUCGCUCCAUUGGGAAUGCUGUGUCUACACCAGGAGUCACUUCCUGUUUCAAGUGCAUCUAUUGGGGCAAGUCAGAUGCGCGAGCGAGGUUCUGGCCGACCACAAAAACACCGUGAUAGUGAUUCAUUUCCUAUCCGAUAGCCGACUGGUUUCUUACGGCAGGAAACUCCUAGAGGGUCUCUUAGGCUUCAAGCCCUGUGAUCGACUCAACAUGAAACAGGAGUACGUGCACAAGGAAUCACUGGGAUAAAGCGCAUGUCCACCUUGUCAAAUUCCAGUCCACAUGAGAUCUAAGACGUUUGUUUUGAAAAUUAAUUUUCCUAUGAAAUUGAAAAGACACGUUAUUUUGCUAGAUUUACGAUUAUAGCCAGGUAAUCCGAACAUCCAGCUUGUUUAAGUCCUGUCCACCUUAGGAUGAUGACUUCUGUUUUAAAAAUAAUACAUUGUUUCGUUUCCCUAGACUAACAAUUGCCACCUUUAGAGUUUUAGCAUCGCCAUAUCGGCGGUUGAUCAGUUUUAAUAUUACGUCCACGAAGAAUCACUGGAGUAAUCUGAAUGUCCUGCUUGUCAAAGUCCAGUCCACUAAGAAGUUGUGACAUUUGAGCUUAAAAAUAAUUUUUCUUCAAAAUGGAAAUAAGUCAUUGUUUUGCUCCCCUUGAUCGAUGAUUACCGCCUUUGCGUUCCAGUAUUGCCUUUGAGAACAGGGAGUUACGUUUCAAAGCACCGUCGAGGUGAUUUUUAUGCGACAGAAGGAAUAAAAUUUAACAAUUUAAUGCAAUUUCAAUUCACGAAACAGUUCAUUUUAGAGAGCUGGAUAAAAUAAUGUAAUGCAAGGGUCUCAAAAGAGUCAAGAAACCAACUGGAUAAUUCCAUCUUUCUUUUUGGAAAAAAUAUGUAAUUAAUUUGCAGCAAGUAGG